AUGGAAUCAGGAAAUGACACACAACUUUCAGAAUUUUUUCUUCUGGGAUUUUCAGAGCAUCAACCACAAAUUCAGUCUCUCAUAUUUGGGCUGUUCCUCUCCAUGUACCUAGUUACUGUCUUUGGGAACCUGCUCAUCAUCCUGGCCAUAGUCUCAGACUCCCACCUGCACAGGCCUAUGUACUUCUUCCUCUCAAGCCUGUCCUUUGUGGAUGUCUGCUUCACUUCCACCACUGUUCCAAAGAUGCUGGUGAAUAUUCAGGCCCAGAGCCAGGUCAUCACCUGUGCGGACUGCAUCACCCCGAUGUACUCCUUACUGCUUCUCUCAGGGCUGGACAUCUUUCUGUUGACUGUGAUGGCCUAUGACCACUAUGUCGCCAUCUGUCACCCCCUGCAUUGCACGAUCAUCAUGCAUCCCAGGCUCUGUGGGUUGCUGAUUCUGGUGUGCUGGACCGUGGGUGUCCUGAAUUCCUUAUUGCAUAGCUUCUUGGUACUGAGGCUGUCCUUUUGCACAGUCUUGGAAGUUCCCCACUUUUUCUGUGAACUUAAUCAGGUGGUGCACCAUGGCUGUUCUGACACCUUUAUCAAUGACACGGUGAUUUACAUUACAGCUAUGCUGCUGGCGGUGGGUCCCCUUGCUGGCAUCAUUUAUUCUUACUCUAUGAUUGUGUCUUCCAGACGUGCAAUCUCCUCAGCUCAGGGGAAGUACAAAGCAUUUUUCACCUGUGCGUCUCACCUGUCCGUUGCCUCCCUAUUUUAUUGUACCCUCCUGGGAAUGUACCUAAGUUCUGCCAUGACCCAAAAUUCACACUCCCCUGCCACGUACACCAUGGUAACCCUCAUUGUGGACCCUUUCAUCUAUAGUCUAAGGAACAAAGACAUCAAGAGUGCUCUGAAAAUGCUGUUUGGGAGAGUUACUGGAAAUAGACUAGUGGACUCACCGUCAUAG